CAGGUGCCCUUCCAACAGAGGUGGAAAGUGAAAUGGUGUUUUGAGUCGUGCCUUUGUUCUAGACAACAUCAUGGCUCUCCUUAGAGACCUCAGGUUCUCCCUGGGGUGGAGAGAGAUACUCACCAUGGGAAGAUUCACUGUCCAUUACAAGAACAUUCUGACUCUUAUCAUAUGGGGUGUCAGGAGGAAUUAGAGAGGCAUCGCCGUGGGGAUGGAAGCUUUUUCUUUGAAGGAGCUCCCGGAGUGCUUGGAAGCCUGGAGCCAGAUUCACCCCCUCAUCCGUGCCGAGCAUUCCUCGGGGUACUGAGUUUUCCAGGAUGGUAUGUUGGACUGAGACUGAAUCUGUCCAGUUGCUGGAAAGUUUGCUGACACUUGCACCUGGAACACAGAAGUUUUCAGUGUCUGGACCCUGAAGAGGAAGCAGAAGAUCUCAGAAGAGCACAUCUUCCCACAGUGUGCCACCUCAGUGCCCAAAGGGCUCAGGGAAGCUGUGCAGGAAGGUCUGGAUGUCCCUUGUGAUCACUGAUAUUUGAGAGCUGGAAGUCUCCUCAUGGCUCCUUAUCACAUUCGACAGUACCAGGAGAGGGACCACAAAAGGGUCCUGGAAUUGUUCUCCAGGGGCAUGAAGGAGCAUGUCCCUGCCGCCUUCUACCAUAUGCUAACACUGCCUCAUUCUCUCCUGUUCUUACCCGGGGUGCCUGUGACCAUGGUGCUGGUGUCUGGCUCCUGGCUCCUGGCCACAGUAAGCAGCUUGCUCUUUCUCCUUUGCCUGUGGCUCCUUAUCUGGUUUUCUUGGAGAAAUUAUGUGGCUACAAGUUUGCAGGCAGACCUGGCUGAUAUCACCAAGUCUUACCUGGAUGUCCAUGGCUCCUUCUGGGUGGCUGAGUCUGGAGAACAGGUAGUGGGCAUGGUGGGUGCUUGUCCAGUCAAGGACCCUCCAUUAAGGAGGAAGCAGCUGCAGCUCUUUCGCCUGUCUGUGUCAUCACAGCACCGAGGACAGGGGAUAGCGAAGGCACUGGUCAGAACUGUCCUCCAGUUUGCACGGGACCAGGGCUACAGUGAUGUUGUCCUUGAGACCAGCAUUGUGCAGUAUAGCGCUCUUGCGCUCUACCAGGCCAUGGGCUUCCAGAAGACAGGCCAGUAUUUUGUCAACAUAGCCACGAGGUUAAUGGGUCUCUCUAUCCUUCAUUUCACCUACUCUCUCCCAUUUUCUUGGGGACGAGGGAUUUGACCUUUCUUGAUUUGCUUGUCUGGGAGGCUGCAGUUCACUGUGCUGUAGGAACAAGCCCUCCCUGGCAGUUUCCUGCUGCCAAUCCCAAGGGCUCCCUUACCAUUCCUUUCAGGCAGCCAUGCUGGUGGUCACCUGCGGGUGUUGGCUCCCUUCUGCUUUUUUAAGUGUCUCUCUUUCAUCUUUCUAGUGCCAUGAUAAGAUAGCACAAAACCCAACUGAGUCCACCCCGCACACAUGUCACUUAGAAGUCUGUUAGUUAGCAGUUUCUGCUAGGUGGUCUCAAGACCUCAAGGCAUAGGAUUUAGGAUCUAUGCAGAGAAGCUAAAGUGAAUUCAGAACAAAGACUUUUCUGACACACUUAACUUGUUGAUUACUGAAAAACCUAAGUCUUUUGGCGAAGUGGAGCCUCCACUGGUGGAGACAGAGCAGUCAUAGGUCAGGGUGGGCGCCCCACGAGAGCUGGAGCAAGGACGCUUAGGACUUACUCCUAAGUCAGCUUUGUGCACAGGGAGGAAGGAGACCUCUGUGAUGCAGUGAGAGCAAUUGUGAAUGGCCUCUCCUGCGGGGAGUGACUCCCUGGCCUUGCUUUGGUCCCAGUCUUAUGGAAAAGCAGAAUUAAAUGGAUGCCAAAGAUGAGACAUUCUUGGGGAUGCAGGAAGACAAUAUGGGAUUGAAAGGAUACAGCCUAACUGUCUAAUGAUCCCAAGAAGUCAGAAGUUUAAAAUGCUAUCUCGCUCCAAAGAAGCUCUAAAGCCAGCUUUCUAAGGAGUCCCAAACACCUCAUAUUCCAGAGCCAUGUUAGAAAGGUCACAUUCCUUGAGCCCGCUCAUUGUUAGAAACUAGGUGAAAGGUUGCAUUCCAGAGCUUGCCCUUUGUUAGGAGCUAAGCAAAAGGGCUUUGGGUAGGUGAUCCUGACCCUAUAAGGUAAAGGGAAAUGACCUAAUUAGUUGCUUAUCUUGCUUCUGUAAACUGCUUAUGCCAUCACCCCCACCCAGGAGUUCGUGCUUCUAUAGACCUCCGAGAAAAUUGGAAACUAAUUGGCUUGGAUAAUUUAAACUGAGUGGCCUAAAAACUGUGGAGUGGUACAAAUUGAUUGGCUCGCACUACGUGGGCUCUCGAUGCUGAGGAAUGAUUGGUUUGUGAUUCAAGGGCUUUGUUGUAAACUUAUCAAAGCUGUCCCAAUUCUGCACUGGGGUCCCACAGUCCUCUACCCCUGCGCAGUGUAUGACUGUGGAUUCCAGAGCCUCUGGAAUAAAAAUCCUCUUGCUUAUUA